CAAAUGCGACUAGAGGAAGUCCAGUCAGGUAUUCACGACCCAUGGUCUGCUGUGUCUUCUCUCAGCCUCUCACGGUCCUCUUCUGUACAAAGUAACUAUUGGUUGAUCAACUAUUAUUUUAGAGAGUAUGGGAGUAAAGACAUGGUUGUUUCAGCUUCUACUUCUAUCCUUUGUUCUUUUGAGCACUGUGAACAAGGGGAGUGCAGGGAUCACUAGUACUUUUAUUCGUUCUGAAUGGCCAUCUACUGACAUUCCUCUUGACAAUGAAGUAUUUGUAGUUCCAAAGGGUUAUAACACACCACAGCAGGUGCAUAUCACUCAAGGUGACUAUGAUGGAAAGGCUGUAAUUAUCUCGUGGGUAACAACUGAUGAACCAGGCCCUAGUAAAGUUCAAUAUGGCACAUCAGAGAAGCAAUACAGUUAUAGUGCUGAGGGAAUAAUUACAAACUAUACGUUUUACAACUAUAAAUCUGGCUACAUUCAUCACUGCCUUGUAGAUGGCCUUGAGUAUGACACGAAGUACUAUUACAAGAUUGGAGUGGGUGAUUCUUCUCGAGAAUUCUGGUUUCAAACACCUCCAAAAAUUGAUCCAGAUGCCCACUAUACCUUUGGAAUUAUAGGCGAUUUGGGCCAAACAUAUAAUUCUCUUUCCACUCUUGAGCAUUACAUGCAGAGUGGAGGUCAGACUGUCUUAUUUGUUGGAGAUCUCUCCUAUGCUGACAGAUAUGAAUACAAUGAUGUUGGAAUUCGAUGGGAUUCAUGGGGCCGUUUUGUGGAGCGAAGUGCUGCAUAUCAGCCAUGGAUUUGGACAGUUGGGAAUCAUGAAAUUGAGUAUAUGCCUAAAAUGGGGGAAGUUGUUCCUUUCAAAUCAUAUCUCAAUAGAUAUGCAACACCUUAUAUGGCCUCCAAAAGCACUGAUCCUCUUUGGUAUGCAAUUCGACGUGCAUCUGCUCAUAUCAUUGUUCUGUCCAGUUAUUCUCCUUUCGUGAAAUACACACCUCAAUGGCACUGGCUGAGAGAAGAACUAAAAAGAGUGGACAGAGAGAAGACACCUUGGCUUAUUGUUGUUAUGCAUGUUCCCAUAUACAACAGUAAUGAAGCCCACUUCAUGGAAGGUGAAAGUAUGCGACCAGUAUUUGAGAAGUGGUUUAUCCAUUACAAAGUUGAUCUCAUCUUUGCAGGCCAUGUUCAUGCUUAUGAAAGAUCAUAUCGUAUCUCCAAUAUACACUACAAUGUAUCAAGUGGUGAUCGUUACCCUAUACCUGACAAAUCAGCUCCUGUAUACAUCACUGUUGGAGAUGGAGGAAAUCAGGAAGGUCUUGCUGGAAGGUUCAGGGACCCACAACCAGAUUAUUCUGCAUUUAGGGAAGCCAGUUAUGGACAUUCUACCUUGGAGAUAAUGAAUAGAACACAUGCAUUCUACCAUUGGAACCGCAAUGAUGAUGGGAAAAAGGUGGCAACUGAUUCUGUCAUAUUCAACAAUCAGUACUGGGCAAGCAAUCUGCAGCGGAGGAAACUGAAGAAGCAUCAAUUCAUGAAUGUUGUUAGCCAUGCAACUUACUAAUGGGAUUUUUCAGGUUGUUUCUUAUUCGUCAUAUGUUAAAAAGAGGGAAAUAGCUGUUGGAAUUGAAAACGUUCCUAAGUUUGCAGAAAUAAAUGUUUAAGUGCUGUUCAGUUUGUAGUUUAUUUCAACCAGAGAGCUUGACAUGCAUAGAGAGUGGGCUUCUAUUUAAUGAUCAAUCGACUAAAAUCCUUGCCAUAA